AUGGCGAGCACACUACGCCGCCGAGUUUUCGGCAAUGAUACGCCGUCCGAAUCGCCAACCCCAACCCCACCCGAUGACAACUCCGCGGGCGUCGAGGAAACAAAAAAGGUCAAAGUCGAAGUAGUCCAUCACCGGCCGAAAACACGCAAGCGCAAAAGUACGGCCAUAUUCUUGUUGGGCAGUCUCUUCGGUAUCAUAGCUGCGGGCCUCUUUGCUCGGAGCAACGACCUAAUAGAAUUUCCCGAAAUCGGGGAGUUAAGCAUGGAUAGCCUGUUCGAUGUCCUUCCGGCCGGCCUAGUGAAGGACAUGCGGGACCUAGUCAACGGUGAACGCGACUUUCUCGAAAGCCACGACGCCUUCUCGGUAGGCCUCAAAUUCCGCGCCGAAGGGCUCACGGCGCAUCACCCCAUCGUCAUGGUCCCCGGGGUAAUCUCGACCGGCUUGGAGUCUUGGGGGACCUCGAACGCUUCUCUUCCGUACUUCCGCAAGCGACUGUGGGGAAGCUGGAGCAUGAUGAGGGCGCUGGUCUUGGACAAGGAGAACUGGAAAGCGCACAUCAUGCUGGACAAGAAGACGGGACUGGACCCUCCAGGAAUCAAGCUGCGCGCCGCUCAGGGCUUUGACGCCACUGAUUUCUUCAUCACCGGAUAUUGGAUCUGGAACAAGAUCCUCGAGAACUUGGCGUCGUUGGGCUACGACCCGACCAACUCUUUUACGGCAGCUUACGACUGGCGUCUUGGUUACGCAAACCUCGAGAAGCGGGACCAUUAUUUCACGAGACUCAAGGCGUAUAUCGAGACGGCGGUGCAGCUUCAAAACAGGAAGGUAGUUCUCGCCUCGCAUAGCAUGGGCAGCCAGGUCGUGUUCUACUUCUUUCAUUGGGUCGCCUCGGAACAGGGAGGAAGGGGCGGCGAGAAUUGGGUUGAGAAACACAUCGAAUCCUGGAUAAACAUCAGCGGGUGCAUGCUUGGUGCUUUGAAGGACAUCACGGCCAUUCUUUCAGGCGAGAUGCGCGAUACCGCGCAAAUGAACGCAUUUGCCGUUUACGGUCUUGAGAAGUUCUUGAGCAAGGCCGAGCGAGCCGAAAUAUUUCGCGCCAUGCCGGGCAUGUCUUCCAUGUUGCCCAUGGGAGGCAAUGCGAUCUGGGGCGACCUCGAUUGGGCGCCUGAUGACCAGCCCGGCCAGGAGCAAAGCUAUGGCUCGUUUCUGAAUUUCCGGGCGGGGCAGAACUGGACAACGACUCCCAACAGGAACCUUACAGUGAAUGAGGCUCUGGAUUACUUGUUCGAGAAUACCGGCGACUGGUAUCGCGACCAAGUUAAAGGAAGCUUUUCCCAAGGCCUCGCACAUACGACCGCUGAAGUCGAAGCAAACGAGAAGGAUCCGAGGAAGUGGGUCAACCCUCUAGAAACGCGACUCCCUUUGGCUCCAAGUCUCAAGAUCUACUGCUUUUACGGUGUGGGUAAGCCGACAGAACGGGGUUACUAUUAUCGACCGCCGGAGCCUGGCUCCCUCACCAGCCUCAACAUGACGAUAGACACGGGCUUGACCCAGGGCAUGGUCGACCACGGCGUCAUCAUGGGAGAGGGAGACGGGACAGUCAAUCUCAUGAGCACUGGCUACAUGUGCAACCGGGGAUGGAAGAUGAAAAGGUACAACCCUGCAAAUGUCAAGGUCACGGUGGUCGAGAUGCCCCACGAGCCGGAGCGCUUUAACCCGCGCGGCGGGCCCAGGACGGCGGACCACGUCGACAUCCUGGGCAGACAGAAUCUUAACGAGUUUAUCCUCAGGAUUGCGGCAGGCCAGGGUGAUACCAUCCAGGAUUACGUGGUUAGCAACAUCCGUGAGUAUGCGGCGAGGGCGCGUGUGUACGACGAAGACAAAUGA